AUGCACAGCACAAUGGCGACAACUGCCAUGGCUUCGACCUUACUUGGGUCUACGGGCAAUUGCAUUCCUGAGGAGCCUAACACUCCCUCAGCCGCCCCUUCUUUAACCUACUCAGAAGAGUCAGAGGACCAAGAAGAUGAGCCUCAGCCGCCCCGCAGGCGACGCGCUUCUACACGGCUUAUUGCUCAGAGCCCAGCAGACAUCCAGCGUAUCACGGGCGAGUCGACCGCUCAAUUGAUCCAGAGAUGUUGCGGUGGCGGUUGCUGCAUGAAACUGGGUGCCAAGAAGGAGGGCCUCGAGUAUGAAGACAUCCCAUUCCCUGAUAACGAUGCCUACAAGUCCCUCGCUCUUAAGAUUGGCGAGAUCCCUACGACAUUGACAAACAUUGCCGAACUGCCCGAACAGACUGUUUUCUUCGAGCCGGUACCUCGGCGCUCCACAAACGAGCCUUCACCUACAGACUCUGCCGUCUCGCUGGGAGCCGAUGUUCAAGAAAAGACGGACCUCGCCACUGUUCAAGAUAAGUUGAGGGAUUUCACCCUCGACGGCAUUGACACCACCAGAGAGCCGCCAAAGUUUGUGCAGCCGCACCCGCCUUACCAUGUUUACGCCGCCCGCAUCGACUCGACCCGUGAGCUGACCAAGCCCGGCGCCGAGAAGCGCACUUAUCACUUCGAUCUCGACAUUACAAGCUAUCCUGGCGAGGAGGAUAUGGAUUUUAGAGUCGGUGGUGCCAUUGGAGUCAUGGCCCCCAAUGACAAGGCCUGUGUUGAUGACGUCUUCGACGCUCUCAUGGUUCCCCGGUUCAUCCGGGAUAAGCCGGUGCUCAUGAAGACUACCCGCGGCCGAUGGCCAACGGUCUGGGGUGACGACCAAGCUCGUGAGAUGGUCACUACUCGCCGGGACUUGCUCACCUGGUGCUCUGACAUCCAGUCAUACCCACCCACCAAGCAGCUCCUGCGUAUCUUGGCCGAGUUCGCGGCAGACCCCAACGAGAAGAAGUUAUUGACAUACCUGUGCGCCGGCGAAGGUCAGGGUGUCUUCUGUGACUUCCGCACCGGUCCUCACGUGUCUCUGUCGCAACUCUUGAACGCAUUUCCCAGCUCGCAUCCACCUUUGGAUCUGCUUCUCUCCGUCCUUCAGCCCCUGAUGCCCCGUUUCUACUCCCUCUCCAACGAUCCACACGAUGCUUUCAAGACACGUGAUGGCAAGGUUCACCGGCUGAUCGAGAUUGCUGUCACGGUUCAUGAGGACGCUGACUGGCGUCGCGGUCUCCGGACCGGUAUCGGCUCCGGCUUCUUUGAACGUCAGGCACAGAGGUGGCUUGAGGCUAAGCGUAACGGAGAGAACCCCGAGGUUUACAUUCCCAUGUUCAAGGGUCUUAUGGCCAACCCCCUUGCCAAGCAGUUUGUCUCAGAUGGCCCAAUGCUUCUUAUCGGCGCCGGUGUCGGCAUUGCUCCUUUCAGAGGCUUUGUGCAGCGUCGUUUGAAGACGGCCAACUGUGCGAACAAGGUGUGGGUGCUCCAGGGCAUUCGUGACUCCCUGGUGGAUGAAAUCUACAGCGGCGAGUGGGGUGUGCACGAGGAUGAGGUCAAGCGUGUCGUGCAAAGCCGUCGCGGUGAGAGUCGCUACGUCCAGGAGGAAGUGCGCAACCAAGCCGACUUGGUGUGGUACAUCGCCAACGCUGUCGAUGGUCGUGUCUUUGUCUGUGGAAGCUCCAGAGGCAUGGGUGAGGGCGUCGAGGAGGCGCUCGUUGAUGUGGCGAUGCAGAAGGGCAACCUCGAGCGUGAGGAGGCCAAAAAGUACUGGGAACUGAAGAAAGAGGCCGGCCAGUAUAUCGCCGAGACGUGGUAA